AUGAGCGCCGUCGAACAAACAGCCGAAGCGGACCCGUGGAGCAGCCGGAGCGGGAGCCGCAGUCGAAGCCGCAGCCGAGCCACAUCAAUCGGCUCAUCCUGGCUGCACGACGAACUUCAACCGGGAGAGCACGAGCCCACUUCCGCUCUUUUGGACUACUGUAAACGGAAGUUCCUCCGACCAUAUGUGGCCAUCCUGACGCUGGUGGGCCUCAACCCCAUCUCCACGGAUAUGAGCAACGUCCGGGCCUGCUGCAGCUACGUCCAGGCGCUGAUGGUGCUAUUCGUCCUACUGGUGGGAUACUUGUUGCGGUACAUAUGCGGCUAUAGAGGCGAUCGUGGCUUCACUAGCUACCGAGAUAUUCGGCCCAUCACCAACGGAACAGAUGGCGGAGCAGUUACUCCAAACACCAUAGGAGAACUACUCUUUGGGUUCAUAGUGCCCAGUGGCUUCAACCUAAUGGCUUUCAUAUCCGCAGUGCUCGUGUGCAAGGUUAUCGACCACGAGCAGCUGCAAAACCUCAUCGAAAGGGUGUUCCUGAUGUCCGCCAAACCGAAAAGACUCUGCCGGAUGUUAUGGCUCUUUCUGGGGGUGGCACUAGCCCUGCUGAUUUUGCUCUUUGGCUACGCCUGUUGUGUGGUAAUAAUGCAGCCCACCCAGAUCGUGAAGGUGUUUUGGCUGGCAAAAGCCCUAAGCGACUGGGAGACGUGGCUGCGUGUGGGCCUGCUAGUGACCAUACUUCUUCAAGAUCUCGUGGAGAUCAUCAUACUGAGCAACUACUAUAUCGAGUGUUAUUUGCUGAGGAUGCAUCUAGAAACGUUAUCGCACAAGCUACUUAUGCACUCCAUCGAUUCCCUAGAUUGGAUGAGGGAAGUGCUCGAGUUCCGCAAGCUGCUAGAGCGGCUUAAUCAGCACGUGUCUAUCCCGGUGUGCUUCCUAAUUGUAAUGAAUCUGGCAUACGCCUUCGCGGGACUAGUGUACCUCUUCAAGGACUUUGAUUUCCACUACUGCGCGCUAAAGCUCGUCCUACUUAACAUUGCCAAUGUGAUGUUGUGGCUGUUUCUAGGACUGCUGCCCUUUUUCGUGGCCUCAUCAGUGACUCGUGUGUGCCAAAAUGCCCAGGCGAAUGGUCAUCAGAUACGAGUUAGACCUUUCGUAUACCACAAUACCUCAGCGGAGGAUCUCAACUCGACGCUAUUGUUCGCCGCCUCGCUGGACAUGUCCGCCAAACUCUUCCGAAUGCCCAUCCAGCCCAACUACCUGUGCUUUGCCAUCCUCGUAGUGGUCAUUGUGAUCCUCACGCUGGGCAUGUGCCUGAAUCUCAACGCCCUGGGCAAAAUAUAACCAAGUACAAGUACGCAUUCGCAUAUAAUAAUAAACACUUAUAGUAUUUGUC